GAAGCGCCAAAGAACGACGAAAAGGAGUCUGAAAACAACAAAAGCAACGAUGAAAAUAAAGAUGAUAAGAGAAUUAAUAACUUUUGUUCCCUUGCAGAAAACAGUUUGAAUCCAGACGAAGACAUUUUAAAACCUUUAAAGCUGAUUAACAAUUGUACUGCUGGUGAAUCAAUUAAAAUUGAUCAUUUGGCUGAGAAUUGUACGGCUGAUGAAACUUCGUCCUCAAAAUUCGAAUCUCGCAUUUACCCAUGGGGAGUCAGUGAGAACAUUAAAACACCUGCGUUAACUAUUAAAUCAAUAAGAAAACUUAGGAAUAAUGAACAUAAAAUGGUUAAUUAUGAACAAAAUUCACCCUAUGAAGUAGAAGUAGAGGAAGAAAUUGUGUAUGAAAAUGGUGUUUCUCAUUUAAUUUGGUUUUUUGCCAAUGCAGAUUAUGUUAAGAACAGACCUCCUGUUUACAAUAAAAGCGCUCCUAUCUUAUAUUAUUUCCUUA